AUGCCGCAGCGGAUUCAACAUUGCUCGUUGAAACACCGCAUGAUCGGAACUCUUGCUCCUGUUAUCCUUGGCAAGAAGUCCCCUAUUGCUGAUCAGGUCGAAUACUUCUUGGUUCGGUACGUUUUCCCGGAUUUCACCAACCCGCAAGGCUUCCUCAGAGCCCGUGCGUGCGACACUAUCGAAAAGUUCGGGCAGCUCGACUUUAAGGACCAGCAGAACCUCCUCGCUGUCUACCGUCACAUCCUCAAUUGUGUGGCCGAUCCCAAGUUGCCCGUCCGUGUAACUGCUGCUUUGGCCCUACAGCCUAUGAUCAGACAUGAGAUCAUUCGAACCAGAAUGCAACAGAACAUCCCGACCGUUAUGCAGCAUUACCACGACGACUUGCCCUCCUGA